UAAUAAAUUAUUGUAUCCGUUAGUUUGCCACGAUCGUGUCGGUGUUCACGACUAAAUUCAUCAUUAUUAUCGAUUUAUAUUGUUUAUUACCAUUCGAAAGAAAACGAAAGCAGCUAUUACGGAAAAAAAUAACAAUUGGUAAUGGCACGGAACAGAUCGAAUCGGCGCCCGACGGAUAAGGCUCGAUAAGAUAAAAGCUCCACCACCACAGUUUAUAGCAAUUCCGUGUUUUCUACCAGUUCGUCUCGCACGCGUCCGGUUACUUCUGUCCGUCCCGCAGUCCAUGUCCUGUUCAAGUUUAUUAUUUUAGUCUUGCAGUGACAGAGACCCGGUACGGCCGCCCGUGUCCGUUGUCUAGUGUCGUAGCGCACCGUUGCACUUGUAUAUUUUGUUAUGCAACGAUACCGUUUGUCGCAUCUAUUAAUUAUUCGUUGUAUUUGCUGUUAAUACUAUUGGUUCCCCCGAAUCAAUCUCGCAUUGUCGUCUCCGCGAUACCGUUUUUACGUUGCUCUUUCUCCUCGUCCGAACAUGCUCGAGAACGCCGAAGCGCCUCCCGUAGUGUUGGCCGCCAACAGACGGUACUUCGUCGAAGACAAGAUCCUCGUACUGGACUGUUACUACGAUAAAAACAAAACCAGACCGUUGCUCAAAGAUUGGAUCGGAUUGUACCCGUGCGACGAUAUAAAACUUUACGAACCGUUGAUAUUUGAAUACGUCAUGGACCACCCAAGGAUGGAUGGUAGUUGUUUUAAAAUUAGAUUUGUACCACGACUUUUCGCUAAAUUUAUUCAUUGUUCUGGUAAAUACCAGUUCGUUUAUGUGGAUUCCUAUUUCAAGAUUAUGGCAACUAGUGGUCCAAUUGAAUUUGUGCAUAAGAAUGAUUGUAACUGCAUUGUUCCAUCUAGUCAUUUAAUACAUAUGAAAAUAGGACAGGAUAUUAAUUUAGUGAUUCAACGUUUAAAGUGUCUUGAAGCAAGAUUGCGUGAUUAUGAGGAAGGCAAAAAAGAAGCAAUACAACUUAAUGAAGAGUUAGUAAAAAAAUUGAAAGCAUGUGAAAUGCUUCGAUCUAGAGGUGAACAAUUUAUCGAUGGAUUAUAUAAAGCACUUGAUCAAGGAAAACCUGUAAAGUUAACAAAUUCUAAAGGACAUACUCGCUGGAUUAAACGUAUAUGUUCUACGGAAAAAAAAAACCAUAUUGUACCCAGUAAAACAGUGAGAAAUGAUUUAUAUUUAACAGCAAUUAUAAAUACUCAAGAACAAGAAAUACAGAGAUUAAAAGUUAUUAAUAAUGAGCUUAAUAAUAAACUUUCAAAUUCUAUUAUACAAUCACAACCGACGUCUGUUUUUGAACCAAAGAUUAUUGAAACAAAUGAUGUAAAAGCAGCUGCCUCUCAUGAUAAAUCUUUUACUAUUAAAUCUAUAUCCUCUGCAGUAGUCAAAUUUAUCGAUGAUUCUGAGAUAAGUGAUGAUUACUGUGAGUAAAAUGAUCUACUCUAGACAAUAUUUCUUUCUAUUUUUUUCUUUUGUCGACUUAUUUAUUCCUGUUACUCAUUUUUAUUUUAGUUCAA